CUAAUGCAAUGUAAGCCACCUGCCAGGACGGGGCGCACGUACCACAAACCGUAUGUUCUCACCGAAUAUAAAAAAAGGAGAAGAAGAAGAGGAGAAUUUAUGUAAACAUUUGAAGUUAUGUCAUCGUCUCUGGUCCGAAUUUUGUCGAAGGCAAGCAGGCACCCAUGUGUGCCCUGGGCAGCCCUACGGAGCAGGUCCACAGCCUCUCUCGCAGAUGUUCCCUCACAGCAACCUCCCGCGGUGUCCUUCGCUCCUCUGCAGACCUUCUCAGAGGAAGAGGGCAUGAUGCGGGAAGCAGUGCAAAAGUAUGCCCGGGACUGCAUUGCUCCGUAUGUCUCGAAGAUGGACGAGGAAUCAGCCAUGGAUCCAGCAGUUAUUAAAUCCCUUUUCGACCAGGGGCUCAUGGGUAUAGAGAUCGAUCCGGAGUAUGGAGGAACCGGCUCCACCUUCUUCUCGUCCAUCCUGGUGAUCGAGGAGCUGGCGAAGGUGGACGCCUCGGUGGCCGUGCUGUGUGACAUCCAGAACACGCUCAUCAACACACUGCUAAGCAACCUGGGAACCCCCCAGCAGAAGGAACAGUACCUCUCCCGGCUGUCCACUGAUACGGUGGGCAGCUUCUGCCUCUCUGAGGCGGAGGCGGGCAGCGACGCGUUUGCGCUGAAGACGCGUGCGGAGAAACACAAGGACUACUACGUCAUCAACGGGUCCAAGAUGUGGAUCAGCAAUGCAGAGCAUGCCGGAGUGUUCCUGGUGAUGGCCAACGUGGACCCAGCAGCGGGCUACAGGGGCAUCACGUGCUUCAUGGUGGACCGCGACACGGAGGGGAUGGCGAUCGGCAAGAAGGAGAACAAGCUGGGCCUCCGCGCCUCCUCCACCUGUCCUCUCAACUUCGACAACGUCAAGGUGCCAGAGAAAAACAUCCUGGGCCAAGUGGGUCACGGUUAUAAGUACGCCAUCGGGAUGCUGAAUGAAGGCCGUAUUGGGAUUGCUGCUCAGAUGCUGGGUGUGGCCCAGGGUUGUUUCGACCACACCAUCCCGUACACCCAGCAGAGGAUCCAGUUUGGGCAGCGGAUCUUUGACUUCCAGGGGCUGCAGCACCAAAUAUCCCACGUUGCGACACAGAUCGAAGCGGCCAGGCUACUGACCUACAAUGCGGCCCGCCUCAAAGAGGCGGGGAGGCCCUUCAUCAAGGAGGCCUGCAUGGCCAAAUACUUCACCUCCGAGGUGGCCACUCUGACCACGUCGAAAUGCAUAGAAUGGAUGGGAGGGGUCGGUUUCACGAAGGACUACCCCAUCGAGAAGUACUACAGAGACUGUAAAAUAGGUACCAUUUAUGAAGGCACAACCAACAUCCAGCUGUCCACCAUGGCUAAAUACAUCGACAAGGAGUAUGACCACUGAAGGGCUCCAUCUGGAUACUGAGAGCCACACACUCCACCGCAUCUACCCUCCAGAACUCUGACUCACUGUCAAGAUUAGGCUCUGAAUGAAUUCUGCUCGAGGCCUCGUCCGGUCUUUGUAUUCAAAUGAGUUAACGAAAUGGGACUAGCUAUCCAUGCCACAGGUGAGCUAAAAGGCAUGUGAAACACACAUACACACUGUAUGUGUGUUUCACAUGCCUUUUACCCUACCAGUUGUCACUUUGCGUUCAGUUUGGUUUGUUAUUUGUCUUUAGCACAGAUUGUGCUACAGAUUUGCUAUGAGGUCACCAAAUUCUCAAUACUGAUGUCACUGAUACAGCCAUCCUCUGUUCCAGCUGUUGAUGUAUAUUAGUCGGGCUAUGAUUGGAUACGAACAGUGCCUUCACAAUAUCUACUUCACUCCAAAGCCCUUGUAGUUUUAACUCUAAUCGUUGAGUGUGUUUGACGUGUGUAAUAGUUAGCUCUUCUGAAAGUAGCGCGAUAUCUCAUCUAUGUAGUUUAACCUUUUGAGUGGAUUAUAAAUAGUGUACAGUACUUGGUUGUAAACAUUUAAGGAAGGAUUCAACAUAAUGGUUAAAUGGUUUAUCUGUAAGCUAGGAAACGAAUAUUAACAAAUAUGUUGAUAUUUUAAUAAAUGUUCAUGACAAGCAAAUGACCCUCCUAUUCUUUUUUUUUUUUUUUUAAUGUUAAUGAAUCACAAACUCAUGUUUAUAACUAAUGUGUAAUUUUUUUAAUGUUCAAGUUCACUGAAUGGUAGGCCAUGCCUUCACUUUCCUAAAAAGAGUAAAGUGCGGGUAAGAGUAUAACCCGCACUCUACAUCUACUAUAACCACAUUUACAUCGCCAGACCAAUUCGCAUCAUAUGCCCGAGCAAAUAAAACGUGAGCUCGCAGAUUAGUGUGGUUCCUACUUUAUAUUGUAGACCAACUAAGGCGAAAACCUUGGUUUACCAAUAGAUGGCAGCAUUUCCUUGCCUGACCUCGGGUUUUGAACAUAGGUAGUGACUUUACGAUGCUGCUGAUUGAAUUAAGGUAGGCUACAUUAACCUGACUGAAAAGCUUUCUAAAGACUUGGGCACAUAUAAUAACGUUAAGUGGCUUUUUAAGAUUGUAUGUGAAGGUUUGUAACGCUUUUGCAGUAACGUAGGAAAUGCUGAAACAAAACAUGUAUUCAAGCCGAUCCCAUCGAGGCGGUUUAAUGACGUAUGAAUCAGAAAAUAUAAAAUAAAAUUGUGUCC